CACUGAAAGAAAGAAAAUAGAUAUAUAUAUAUAGAGAGAGAGGGAGGAUUUAUAUAUAUAUAUAUCUCAAAGACUCACAGUUUGGCAAAAACAAAGUGCAAGUUGACUGUAGAAAUCAUGGCUCGGAGAAGGUCGGUAACCGUCAUCUCUGUGAUCCUCUGUCUCCUAGCGAUUACCGGCGUCACCUACGGUCGUUUCAUUUCCGAUAGUCUCUCCGGCAAUAACGUACCGUCUUUCCCCCGUAUGAAAGCAUACCUAUCGACGGAAUCCUGCGAGCAAACCUACGGUUUCCUGCCUUGUACAACCACAAUUCUCGGUAACAUCUUCCUCAUUCUCGUCUAUGGUUUCCUUAUGUUCCAAGCCGCUACUUACCUCUCCAGCGGAAGUGAGCUUCUCCUUGAGAUCCUCGGUCCUGGUCUUAUCGGCGGUCUCUUCCUCCCUGUACUUGGAGCUCUUCCUGAUGCAAUGCUCAUUCUAGUAUCUGGACUUAGUGGAACAAAAGAAACUGCGCAAAGUCAAGUCUCGGUUGGAAUGGGUUUGCUUGCUGGUUCCACUGUUAUGCUUCUCACGAUAAUAUGGGGAACUUGUGUUAUUGUUGGCAAGUGUGACAUUGAAGGUCAUUUUGCAGUUGAUGGUAAAAAUACCAAAGGAUUCAAUUUGACUGGUUCUGGUGUUACUACAGACAUAUGGACAUCCUAUGCUGCAGUAAUCAUGAUCGUGUCUGUCAUUCCUUUCCUCGUUGUUCAAUUGCCUCAGAUUUUGAACUCGACUUCGGGAAGACAUUUGGCUGUUUUAAUUGGACUUGUGGUCUCUCUUGCUCUUCUCAUUGGUUAUUGCCUUUACCAGGUUUUCCAGCCGUGGAUUCAGAAGAGACGAUAUGACUAUAUCAGGCACAAGCACAUAAUAUCGGGAGUUCUAACGCAUUUGAGGAGACGAGGACUUGGCAGACUGUUCACCGAGCAAGGACUUCCUAAUGAACAAGUCACGAGAAAACUUUUUCAGGCAAUAGAUACAGAUGGGGACAACAAUCUUUCGCCUACUGAGUUGAAAGCAUUUGUUUUGGGCAUUCGAUUCGAUGAGCUGAAUUUGGACGAGGGAGAUGCUGUUGACAAAGUUCUGAAAGAUUUCGAUACUUCUCUCGACUCGCAUGUAGAUUACAAUGAAUUCGUUACAGGAAUAUCAAAAUGGAUGGGUGAGGCCAUGGAAUUUAAGCCUAAGACGCGUUUAGCUGGUCCUGAUACAAUAAGUCAUUUAACUGAAUUCCACGAGGAUACGAAGCGACAGUAUUUUCUACUAGGGGCGGGACAAGGCGAUGCGGGAGAACAGAGUGGUGAUGAAGGAGUUGAAGAGGGUGGUGUUGUGAAAGACGUGAAAUGGACAUCGAUUAAAGCAGUUUUGUUGUUGUUAUUAGGUACACUUAUUGCUGCUGCAUUUGCUGAUCCUUUGGUGGAUGCGGUUGAUAACUUUUCCGAUGCCACUAGCAUACCAACUUUCUUCAUCUCGUUCAUCGCGCUCCCUCUUGCUACCAACUCGAGCGAGGCUGUGUCAGCUAUCAUCUUUGCUAGCCGCAAAAAGCAAAGAUCCGCCUCUUUAACAUUUUCCGAGUUAUAUGGUGCAGUUACGAUGAACAACGUCCUUUGUUUAUCGGUCUUCCUAGCUUUGGUCUAUGUUCGGGGUUUGACAUGGGACUUCUCAUCGGAAGUUCUCGUAAUCCUUCUUGUUUGUUUGGUGAUGGGCGUGUUUGGAAGUUUACGCACCACAUUCCCUCUUUGGACAGCCUUCUUGGCCUUCGCCCUCUAUCCACUUUCAUUGGCUCUAGUUUACGUUCUUGACUAUGUCUUCGGGUGGUCAUAGAUAUUAUCUAUUAUACCGGUUUGACCUCUAUUUAUUUUGUUUUGGUAUAAGUUUCAAGUCAUCAAUCGUGAGAAUCCAUGUUCGUGACGUUUAUGUUUUUGUAUUCAAAUGAAUGGUAUUUGAUGUAUUUUUGAAAACAAUAUGAAUUCAAAAAUCAAAUUAAAGUUUUUG